AUGGUUUGUAUUCCUUGGAGGGUGUGUAGUUUCCCUCUCCUGGUUCCAUUAUCUCUUCCCCAUGGUAAGAUUGGGGUUUAUCUGAAAACGCUAGACACUAGUAUAUGCUUUCCGCUAACGGAUUUCCAGGAGGAGGUCCUCCAGAAAGAUGGUUGCAGCCUCCAGAUGUUGACCCCCAAUGCAGUUAACAAAGUGGUUGUAUUUGAAAUGAUCUGUCGGGCCAACGCGUAUCUUCCGGAUUACUUCGUCUUAAGUUUUUCUUCCGAAUAUCUGUUACCGGAGAUAAAUGCACUUUCUCGGUUCGACGAGGGGGGCACGUUUUAG